AUGGAGCGCAGCGGGGACACGGCCGUGUGGCGGCUCCGCGCCACGGCCGCGCAGCGCGACCGCCGCCAGCCGCCGCCGCGGGAGGACGGGGAGCGCGGCGCGGGCGGCAAGAAGCGGGGCGGGCCGCGGCGGCGGCCGCUGCUGCCGCUGCCCGAGGCGCGGGGGGCGCCGCUGGUACUGCUGUACCUGCUGGCGCUGCGGGCGCUGGCGCAGGUGUCGCACCGGCAGCUCCUAUGCAGCCCGCCCGCCGCCGCCGGGCCCCGCGACUUCAGCGCCGCCCGCGCCAGGGAAUACCUUGACAACAUAACAGCAAUUGGGCCCAGAACAGUUGGAAGUCCAGAAAAUGAAGUUGUUGCAGUUAACUACCUCUUAGAACAAAUUAGGGGAAUAGCAAGAGAAAGCACAGAUGCUCACAAGAUAUCUGUAGACAUACAGAGGCCCACAGGCUCCUUCAGCAUUGACUUUUUAGGAGGUUUUACUAGUUACUAUGCAAACAUAACCAAUGUCAUAGUGAAGCUGGAACCUCGAAGUGGAGCUGAGCAUGCAGUAUUAUCCAAUUGCCACUUUGAUUCCGUACCAAAUACCCCGGGUGCCAGUGAUGAUGCUGUUAGCUGUGCAGUGAUGCUUGAAAUACUUAACACACUUUCAAAAUCAUCAGAGUCCCUGCAGCAUGCUGUCAUAUUCUUAUUUAAUGGUGCAGAAGAAAAUAUUUUGCAGGCUAGUCAUGGCUUCAUUACACAACAUGAGUGGGCCAAAUCAAUCAGAGCUUUUAUUAACCUGGAGGCAGCAGGUGUAGGAGGAAAAGAACUUGUUUUUCAAACAGGACCUGAGAACCCUUGGUUGGUACAAGCAUAUGUAGUUGCAGCCAAACAUCCCUUUGCUUCUGUGGUGGCACAGGAAAUAUUUCAGAGUGGUAUUAUCCCAGCGGAUACAGACUUCCGUAUCUACAGGGAUUUUGGCAAUGUUCCAGGAAUAGAUUUGGCUUUUAUUGAAAAUGGCUACAUUUAUCAUACAAAGUAUGACACAUCAGACAGAAUUUUAACAGAUUCCAUUCAGAGAGCAGGUGACAAUAUUCUAGCUGUCCUAAAAUACCUAGCAACAUCAGAAAAGUUGGCUAAAUCUUUCGAGUAUCGACAUGGAAAUGUUGUGUUCUUCGAUAUACUUGGUUUGUUUGUCCUGGCUUAUCCUGCUCGCAUUGGCACAAUCAUGAACUAUAUUACAGCAGCAAUUGCUUUUAUUUAUUUAAGCAAAAAAGUAUUACAGUCAAAAACCAGGGCUAUUUAUAACCUGAAGAAAUUAUUUACUGCAUUUGGCUUGACACUGACGAGUUGGGUUUGCACACUGGUGGCCGUGCUUAUCGUGGCCGUGUUUGUCUCUGUCAUUGGACGGGCUCUUUCUUGGUACACCCAUUUCUAUGUUUCUGUGUCUCUGUAUGGCAGUGCAGCUGCAGCAAAGCUUAUUCUUGUGCAUGUGCUGGCCAAGAAGUUCUUCUACAAGAAUAUGAAUGAGCAGUACCUGGGAGAUAUGUUUUUUGAUGCCUCAUUGAUGAUUUGGUCUAUAGCAUUAGCUGUGAUGACUCAGAUGGGCCUUUGUUCAGCAUUCAUUUGUACAUUAUGGGUAGCAUUUCCUUUACUCACUAAGCUGAUGAUCCACAAGGAAUUCCACCAAAAAGGUGCCACGAUGAAGUUUAUUGUGAUGUACAUGCUGGGGAUGUUUGUUCCUUAUCUGUAUAUGCUGUAUCUUAGCUGGACUGUAUUUGAAAUGUUUACACCUGUCAUGGGACGAAGUGGCUCAGAAAUUCCACCAGAUAUGGUAUUGGCAGGAUUUAUUGUGAUCUUCACUAUGAUACUGUCAUCGUAUUUUGUUAACUUCAUCUACCUUGUCAAAAGUACAAAAACAACGCUAGUAACUUUAACUACUGUGUUUGUAGUCACUCUCAUUCUUGUUUGCAGUGGAAUCUUCUUUCCUUACAGUUCAGAUGCAGCUAAUCCAAAACCUAAGCGAGUCUUUCUCCAGCACACAAGCAGAAGAUUUCAUGAUCUAGAUGGAAAUGUGGUUAAAAGUGACUCUGGUAUAUGGAUUAAUGGAUUUGAUUAUAAUGGAAUAUCUCACAUAACUCCCCAUGUGCCUGAAAUUAAUGACACUAUUAGAACUCCAUGCGAGGAACAGGCUCCCUUCUGUGGCCUUCCUUGGAUUCUACCAGUGCAUUUCAUGUUCCGGAAAAACUGGUAUCUUCCUGCUCCGGAAAUUUUACCAAGAAGCCCCAUUCAAUUUAAAGUUCUGUCCAAGGAGCUGAUGCCCUUGAACUCUGUGAGGUUAAGUUUUGAAGUAUCUGGCCCAAGUCACAUGUCUCUGUACCUUCGGCCACAUGAAGGGGUGGCUCUGUCCAGCUGGUCUCUCGGGGAUGGCACACCAGUUGCUAGCAUAGGAGGGGACUACUUUGUGUUCUACUCCCACGGGCUGCAGGCUGCACCCUGGCACUUCUGGGUAGAGCUGAAGACCCCAGAAAAGCAUUCUGAUGGAAUAGUCUCCCUCGCCAUAGCAGCACAUUAUUUUUUUGGGGAAGAUCAAAAGUCACCUCAACUCUAUGCCUUACUGGAGAGGUUUCCAAACUGGACGUUUUCUUCUGGUUGGUCCUGCACUUAUGACCUUUUUGUCUUUUGACAGUAUUGCUGCAGGGCUGAUAGGGUUAUCUGACACAGAAUACAGUUGUGGCAAGCACUUUCUAACAAGAUACCAGAGACUUCAACAAGAAUUUAAAGUACUUCAGCAACAAAUGGUGUUUCUUUGGCAGUUUGACUAUUUAAAGACUACUGCUCUCUUGGGGAUAUAAUGGUACUUGUGUCAAUGUGAAUGCAAUUCACCUUGGUUCUUCCACUGAAGUGACAGUUUGGCUAGUGGGUUUUUUAAAAUGAAAACUGCACUUGGUGGCAGUUGUAAUGGAAAGGCUUCAUGGAAUUAUUUUGAUGCUGUCUGAAAUAAUAAGUGUAUUUCACAUAUAUGUGGAGUACCACCUUCCAAUCCUAUCCGUCCUAUUCAAGUCAGAUCUUCAACUAAAAGAUGUUUGUUCCCUUGGUGUGGCGACAGAGGUGGCAAAGGCCUAAACAUUACUUUUGUCAUGGAUGAAGUCACUGAAAGCUAAGGUGCUUGUGCAGGUUAUAUUCCCAUUCCUUAGCAAAUGCACAAUGCAGAAAAAUCAAUCCUAUGAUGGAAUAUGGUAUCUGUCUGUCCAUCCACCCAUCCACCCAUCCACCCAUCCACCCAUCCAUCCAUCCAUCCAUCCAUCCAUCCAUCCACCCAUCCAUCCAUCCAUCCAUCCAUCCAUCCACCCAUCCAUCCAUCCAUCCAUCCAUCCAUCCAUCCACCCAUCCAUCCAUCCACCCAUCCAUCCACCCAUCCAUCCAUCCACCCAUCCAUCCAUCCAUCCACCCAUCCAUCCAUCCAUCCAUCCAUCCAUCCACCCAUCCAUCCAUCCAUCCAUCCAUCCAUCCAUCCAUCCACCCAUCCAUCCAUCCAUCCAUCCAUCCAUCCAUCCAUCCAUCCAUCCAUCCAAAUUACAUGUUUCUCUUAAAAACCUUAGUUCCUACUAUUUUUUCUGUCUCUUCACUGUUACAUCCUGAGUGGGUAAGUUCAACCUAAUUAUCAUCUUGUGUUUUUUGUUUGUAUUGGGAUCUUUCAGUCUCAGCACAUGAGCAGUUGACUUGCUCUCUCAUAUGUAAGAGUGCUCACUCCUUUAUGUGGAUGUCUUAUAAUUACUCUAAAUUUCAAGUUACCUUCCAAUUUAUUAGAAUUGGCUAAUUUUGGUAUCUCCUCUGGAGAGACUUUUGGUAGUGUGACGGUAUCACACUUUGCUAAUACCUUUAACUAUUUCUUAAAAUAAGGUUUGCUUUCCAUAAGGAAAAAUAUAUAAAAGAGUAAUCUUAAAAAGAUGUCUAAUAUUUCUGAAUUGCUCUUAUUUUCAAAGGAUGGGUUUUAUAAAUGACUAUGAGUGAUUCAGAGUAUAUUCCAAUUUUAAUUGACAAGCUUUGAAAUAAGAAGCUACUGACCUCUUUUUUUAUACUUACCAGGUUUUGGGGGUUUUUUUAGUCAUUAAUAAUUAAUGGUAAUUUCUAAAAUUUAAAGAACUCUGUGUAUCUGAAGAAGCUUCCUGUCUUUUUCCAAACUUAUAUAUAAAACAUUUGGCUACAUCAGUACCACACUACAGAUUUUACAGUGUUUUGUUCAUUGCAUGAGUAUUGCCUAAUGUCACGCAAAUGCAUCUUCAUUUCAAGUAAAAACAUGGUAGUACUGGUAAGUUUGCAGGGCACAUGAAAAAAACUAUGUGACGGUUAAUUUGUGUGAGCUGGGAUGGAUAACAACUCUCCAGUUUGGUAUUUUUCCUUCAGAUUGUUCUGUAAUUGUGCAUGAUAGUGGCAACAACCAGUUUCAUUUGUUGCAAGGGACAUUCACAAAGAUUGUCAUCUGACUCAUGGACUAGGGUAAGAGGUUUAAUUACUGUAAUCAUAAUGAACAAGCCAUCACUAUCUAAAAACCAGUUGGUUUCUAUAUUAACAUUCAUUAAUCAUCACUCGAUUGUAUCUGAUUUGAAACUACAAUCCCUAUAUUAUUUAAAAGUGCUAUUAGUGAUUUGAAAAUCAGAGUUAUGACCUAAAACUCUCGUGUCUUGAAUCUCAGUGAAUGUCUCGUACUGUACUCUAGCUGAUGCACAGCUAGUUAACUAAGGCUGCACUGGUAUUUACUGUCUUCCUCAGUUUUGAUUUUUGUGUUUUGCCUGAUUUAAAGCUUUGAAAUAUUGCUGUGUGAAGAAUUCAUACUGAGAGCCAAAAAUACAAAAAUGCCUGCUGGCAAUUUCUGAAACUUCAGUGAAGCAAUAACUUUUGCUAUCUCAGGAUUUAACGCUUCUUAAAUAAUUUAAUUAUGAGGUAUGUCUGCUUUUUGCAAAUUUCUGUCUUUGUAAAUAAAAGCAAGACUUGAUUAGUGAAAUUUGUUUUUUAGCAUGA